AUGCGUUCGUCGCAUCGGGCCCGCGCCGUCAUCCCCGCGUCGAGGUCGACGCGACGACCGCGGGACGGUGCCGUCGCGCGCGUGGAGGCGGAAAAAUGUCCACACUGCGACGCCGUCGUGCGCGCGCGGGCGUGGCGAUCGCACCUGUCGCUGUGCGCGCCGGACGUCCUCGACGGUGCGCAUUUCGAGCGCGUCGAGCGCGAGGUCAUUCGAGCGAGCGUGAAGCGUCGACACGGCGAGCGAUCGACUUCGUACGCGGUGUGCGCGAUGCGAUUUGGCUUCGCGCGGGGAAGCGAGCCGGUGGUCUCGGCGCGGGCCGUCGCGCGGGCGUUGCGGAUGGACGCGCGGGCCGUCGCGCGGGCGGUGCGAGCCGAGGUGGACGCGACGCCGUGGGGGCUCGAGAUGGAUUGGACGCUCGGUGACGACGACAUCGCGUACGAGGACGCGACGAUGACGGUGGUGAACAAGCGCGCUGGGACGCCGUCGACGCCGAGACGACGCGUCGGUGACGAUUCAGCCGCGAGCGCGUGCGUCGCGCGGUGGCGGACCGUGGACGGCGUUCAAGGCGCUUCGCUCGUGCCGUACGUCGCGCAUCGGUUAGAUUUGGACACGAGUGGGGCGUUGGUUAUCUGUCGAACGAGUGCGCGGGCGAAGGAGGUGCAGGGAUGGUUUGAAAAUCGUCGAGUCGAGAAGACGUAUUGGGCGCUGUGCGAGGCGCGGGGCGACGCGUCGGACGACUCGGGCGAGUGGCACACGAUCGAAUUCCCACUCGUGAAGCGUGCGAGGGACGACGCGGAGCCCGGGACGUUCUUCGUUGAGGCGGUGUUAACGCCUGAGGAUGCGCCGGAAGAUGCGAAACCGGCGACGACGCUGUUUCGGAUCGUAUCCAAGUCGGCGGCUCACGUCCUCGUCGAGGCGCGCCCGAAGACUGGGCGAACGCAUCAGAUUCGAACGCACUUGGCCGCGGCUGGUUUACCGAUCGUAGGCGACACGAUAUACGGCGCACCGUCGGACAUCAUCGAUCGACACGCGUUGCACGCGAGAACGCUUACGUUUCCGAGCGACGAAUAUCCGGUCCCGAUCGUAGCCCACCCGCCGGAUGAUUUCAAAGACGCGUGCGCAUCCGUGGGGAUCGUCGUCGACAUCGUGUAG